GAAGAAGAAGAAGAAGAAGAAGAAGAAGAAGAAGAAGAAGAAGAAGAAGAGACAUGUCGUCGGAGGAGUUCGAGAAGCUUCAUGAGAUCUACAGAUCUCUUUAUGAGGAGCUGAAGUUAAUGCCGGACAGAGCGCUGACAUGUCAGGGAGAGGAGAGGAAGAGGCUGGUGAGGAGUUUCGAUGAGAGGCAGGGGGAGGUGGAGGAGGUGUUAGAAGGAAUGGAAGAGGAGCUGCGAGCCGCCCCGUCCUCCCACAGGAACGCCAUGAGCACCAAGCUGCGCAUGUACCGCAGAGAUCUGGGCAAGCUGCAGAGAGACAUGAAGGUCUCUGCUCCGGGCUCGGGGUCGUCCUCCAUGACUGUGGGAGGAGGAGGCCAUCAUGGCAUCUAUUCAUCACAGAACCAGCAGAGUACACACCAGCAGUCCCAGAGAGCGUUGCUGCUGCAGGGCACAGACGCUCUGAACAACGCCAGCCAGAGCAUCGAGCGGAGUCAGCGCAUCGCCAACGAGACGGAGCAGAUCGGCACCGACAUCAUCGAGGAGCUGGGCGAGCAGAGAGAGCAGCUGGACCGGACCAGAGACAGAUUGGUGCACACCGGAGAAAACCUCGGGAGAACUAGAAAGAUCCUUCGUUCCAUGGCCCGGCGCCUGGUGACCAACAAGCUGCUGUUAGCCGUCAUCAUCUUAAUGGAGUUAGCCAUUCUGGGCGCGGUGGUUUACCUGAAGUUCUUCCGGUGAUGAGCGACCUGAGAGCGUUCAGAGCUCUGGAUCCAGGACUCUCUCUGAUCCUCCUCGAGCAAUAAUCAUGUUCUGCUGUGAAAGACGAUGAGACUCUCUGUCUUUGAACGUUUGAACUAUUUAACGGACCAAAUCUACAACAUCUCCAUGGACAAACUCUGCGCUGACGUUUGCUGAUUUAUCAGAUUUUUAACGCCACGGGCGCCAGACGCCCUGCAGAACGCUGCUACAGACCAGAGAGGAUUCUCUGCCAGGUUUUAUUAAAUGCCUUUCUUUCACAUGUUUUGGUUCUGUCAGCGUGCAGCAUUAGCGAUAAAACCAGCUCCAUUCUCUUGUUUCCUAUCUGAGGGUCCUAACAGCCUGCGAGCGACGCCGCAUUUUAACCCCGACGCCACGUUUCUAUUUUCUUCUCUGACGCUCUCGUAGACGGACGAGGAACGAGAGAGGAGGACCCUCAUCAGAGCUCGUUAGCUUGUUUUACUAAGUGGAGAUAACGGUGCAUUAAUAAUAUCCACAUCCUGAUUGAAAUGUUGACCUUUGACCUGUGUCAACACUGGAGAAAAAACUUUAUUCGGCUCACCGCAAGACGUUUACUAACGGCUCGUCAAUACAAAGCCCCACCCUUCAGAUUGUACACCUUCAAAAUAAAAGCACCACAUUUCAGUUUGUCAGCCUUCAAAAUAAAAGCCCCACCCUUCAGAUUGUCCACCGUCAAAAUAAAAGCACCACAUUUCAGUUUGUCAGCCUUCAAAAUAAAAGCACCACACUUCAGAUUGUCCACCUUCAAAAUAAAAGCUCUAGAUGUCAUAUGGGCAGAAAGGGAAACUGAGAUUCACGGAGCAGAGAAUGAACUGAUGCAGUGUGGACGGCGAGCGUGUGAUCCCGCAAGAUACGACGCGAUAUCCAACGCUGGCGUGCUGUUAGGACACGGUGUACUGAGAGCUGAGCCAUGAGGCCGAAUCCUUCAGAGGGAGGAAGUGAAACAGGAAGUAAAGUUACUAAUGUUGUUGUUUUUAUUAUUCAUGUUGUCAAAUCACUGUCGUAUACGAACGUGUUUUUAAAGUUUUAAUUACCCCUCAUCUGACGUCUCCAUUAAAGCUAAUCUUUAACCCC